UGGCGAGGCUACAAAUAAACAAAGCGGGGGAGGGGGAGCUCGUAUCGUAUCCUGGACCUGGAGCGAGAGCGAGCGAGCGACGUGGUGAGCUGUUCUUCCCCGCCUCCCCCCUUCGUGGCCUGCUGCUCUGCGCGCGGUGCGUGCUCUGGCGGGUGUCUCCUCCAGUCCAGGGGGGGCUAUUAAGGGCGUCCAGCUGCUGUCCUCUAUGAGCGGGUAAAGCGGGGCCGAGAAGGAGGAGGAAGAAGCCAUUCUUCGUGGGCUGCCUGGUUGAGGAGGGUUCUUGGCUGCUGCUGCUGCUGUCUGCCGGAGGUCGGCGAGGUCGGGUGGCAACAAUGGCGCCGUCGUUCUGGGGGAGGGAGGCGAGGCUGAGCGACGGGGGCGGCGGGACGCCGGUGGUGGUCAAGAUGGAGAACCCCAACUGGUCGAUCUCCGAGAUGGAGCAGGAGCCGGUGCCGGGGUCGCCGGCGGGGCUGGCGGCCGGCAAGGCCGGGCGCGGCAAGAACGCGCGCCAGAUCACCUGGGUGCUGCUCCUCAAGGCGCACCGCGCGGCGGGGCGCCUCACGGGCGCGGCCUCCGCGGCGCUCGCCGUCGCCGCCGCCGCGCGCCGGCGGGUGGCGGCGGGCCGGACGGACGGCGACGCCGCGCCCGGGGAGAGCACGGCCCUGCGCGCGCGCUUCUACGGCUGCCUCAGGGUCUUCGUCGUGCUCUCCAUGCUGCUGCUCGCCGUCGAGGUGGCCGCCUACCUCCAGGGCUGGCACCUCCAGAUGCCCCAGAUGCCCGAGAUGCCGGGCCAGCUCGCGAUGGACGGCCUCCUCGCCGUCGACGGGCUCGCCGCCGCCGCCUACGCCGGCUGGAUGCGCGUCCGCCUCCAGUACAUCGCGCCGCCGCUGCAGUUCCUCACCAACUCCUGCGUCGUGCUCUUCAUGAUCCAGAGCGUCGACCGCCUCGUCCUCUGCCUCGGCUGCCUCUGGAUCAAGCUCCGGGGCAUCAAGCCCGUGCCCAUCGCCGCCGACAAGGACGACGUCGAGGCCGGCGACGAGGACUUCCCCAUGGUCCUCGUGCAGAUGCCCAUGUGCAACGAGCGAGAGGUCUACCAGCAAUCCAUUGGCGCAAUUUGCGCUCUCGACUGGCCAAGGUCAAACUUCUUGGUGCAGGUGCUGGACGACUCCGAUGAUGCUACCACCUCGGCGCUCAUCAAGGAGGAGGUUGAGAAAUGGCAGCGGGAGGGCGUGCGGAUAGUGUACAGGCACCGGGUGAUCAGGGACGGAUACAAGGCUGGAAACCUCAAAUCAGCAAUGAACUGCAGCUAUGUGAAAGACUAUGAAUAUGUUGUCAUCUUCGAUGCCGAUUUCCAGCCACAGGCGGAUUUCCUCAAGCGCGCCAUGCCCCAUUUCAAGGGGAAGGACGAUGUUGGGUUGGUUCAGGCGAGAUGGUCGUUCGUGAACAACGAUGAGAACCUGUUGACCAGAUUACAGAACAUAAACCUGUGCUUCCACUUCGAGGUGGAGCAGCAGGUGAAUGGAGCGUUUCUCAACUUCUUCGGGUUCAAUGGGACUGCCGGAGUGUGGAGAAUCAAGGCUCUUGAGGACUCCGGUGGCUGGAUGGAGAGGACAACGGUGGAGGACAUGGACAUUGCCGUCCGGGCACAUCUCAAGGGAUGGAAGUUCCUCUACCUGAAUGAUGUUGAGUGCCAAUGCGAGUUGCCAGAAUCAUAUGAGGCAUACAGAAAGCAGCAGCACAGGUGGCACUCAGGCCCCAUGCAGCUGUUUAGACUCUGCUUUGUGGACAUUAUAAAAUCCAAGAUUGGAUUCUGGAAGAAGUGCAACCUGAUAUUCCUAUUCUUCCUCCUCCGCAAGCUCAUCCUGCCCUUCUACUCAUUCACCCUCUUCUGCGUCAUCCUCCCCAUGACAAUGUUCGUCCCCGAGGCCGAGCUUCCCGCAUGGGUGGUAUGCUACAUUCCAGCGACAAUGUCCAUCAUGAGCAUCCUGCCAUCCCCAAAGUCCUUCCCGUUCAUCGUCCCGUACCUCCUCUUCGAGAACACCAUGUCGGUGACCAAGUUCAACGCCAUGAUCUCCGGCCUGUUCCAGCUCGGGAGCGCCUACGAGUGGGUGGUGACCAAGAAGUCGGGCCGCUCCUCCGAGGGCGACCUCGUGGCGCUCGUCGAGAAGCACACCGCGCAGCAGCAGCAGAGGGUCGGGUCGGCGCCGGACCUCGCCGGGCUGGCGGCCAAGGACUCGUCGCUCCCCAAAAAGGACGCCCCCAAGAAGAAGCAGAAGCACAACAGGAUCUACCGGAAGGAGCUGGCGCUGUCAUUCCUCCUGCUGACGGCGGCGGCUCGCAGCGUGCUGUCGGCGCAGGGCAUCCACUUCUACUUCCUCCUGUUCCAGGGCGUCUCCUUCCUCGUGAUGGGCCUCGACCUGAUCGGCGAGCAAGUGGAGUGACAUUGAUACCAUGACAGCAGCGACCGAAGAUCGUUACGACGGCGGUUAUUUUUCGUUACUUUGCAGGCAUCAGAGGAGCCCUCUGUAAAGGGUGGCAACGUCUGAUGCCUGUGUGAUGCUUACAGGAGGAAGCUCGCUCGCUCUCUCUGAUCCCUUGCCUGCCCUAGGGUGGGUGGGGGGUCUGGAGCAUACAAACUGAAAUGUGGAGAAUGUAGAUAGAUAUAGCUUUGGAUCAUCAUCAUCAUCAUCAGAAAAGCCUGGGAGACGCUUUUAUUCUUUCGGGUACGUCGAAAUUCUUUUGUAAGAAACAAGAAAUCAAAACCCUUUUGGGGGGGUGGGGGGGUGCCUAGAUGACGGGUGGUCCUUUGUUGCAUGUUGACAGACUUUACCUUCAAAUGAAGAUAAUACUUGUUUUCGCCUUGUACUUUUUGCCACGAUCAAUCAGUUAAUUAUCAGAGAUACAUGCUCA